AGACCAAUCUGCCUGAAAGGGUAGAAUGGCCCUCGAAAGGAUUUGCCUGGUAAGGGUUAAUCUUUUCUAAGGAAGCCUGCCUGAAAGGGUUGGCUCCUUAAACAAAGCCCCUAACUUAAGCAAAAACAUCCUGUAUACACAACAAUGAUAACGACACCAGAUGUCUUGUAGCCACGGAACAUAUAUCACAAAAAUGUAGUAAACAGUACCAUAAAUUUUGUAGAUAACAUUUGAUUGAUUUGUAGCAUAUAGAAAAUAUACGUACUCAUAUUGUUUGUUAACCUAUACUGAUGACCUUUGCGAUAUGUACUGACUAUAAAAAGAGCAUAAGAAGAAGCAAUAAACUGUCACUUGCUCAAAGAGCAGUGGUCCGCCUGUCCUUCAUCGUCCUGGAAAGAGCUGGUCUCUGACAAAUGGUGCCGAAACCCGGGAAACUCGGUUGCCUUUGACCAGGGUGAGCUGCCUCCGAAUCAACAGAACCGCGAUUUUCCGUUGACCAAGUCUGAGACUAAGUCUGGAUCCAGCCGCACCUAAGCCCUUUCUAUAAGGUGUCUUAGAAAGCAAGGGGGUCCAAACUGAACCUCGUGACUCAACGGUAGGGCUCCCUCAUAUUCAGCAUUUACAAUUUAAAAUAUGGGACAUGUACAUAGUACGGAAAGACAGCUGUUUGUAGCUAUGGUCAAGACAUUGUUAAAAAGUCGAAAUAUAUCUGUAACCACCAAGCAAGUGGGUGGAUUUUUAGAAUUUAUAGACACUGUGUGUCCUUGGUUUCCGAAUAAAGGCACUAUUAACUUGGAAACCUGGAAUAAGGUUGGUGAAAACAUUAAAGGCUAUUAUGCUGCUAACGGCCCUGAUAAGAUCCCUAUAGAUGCUUUUCCUUUAUGGAUUUUAAUUAAAGAAUGUUUACAAGGUGAUACUGAAUAUGAUAAAUGGCAACGACAAACACGUCCUCGAUCUCGUUCAGCGGAUUCAGGUUUAAAACCUUCUGCUCUUACUAAUCCCGAUUCACAACCCUCUGCUCCACCUGAAUAUCCAUCAAUAAUCAAUAAUGAACAAAAAGAUAUUCAGGAAUCUAAAUUUAAAAAUCCCUUUCUUAUGUACUCAAAUACGGGAGGUAAAAAAUGCCGACCGUUAAAACAAAGCAAGAGCGCCUUGAGACCUAUAGAAUUAUCUGAAGAAUUAUCCUCCGAUGAGGAAGCUGAAUUAGAAAAAGAAGCUGCUCAGUAUCAUAAUGAAGAUGAUCAAGUGUUUGUUAAUACGCCUUUUAAAUUGAAGAAACAGCAAACACUUUUAAAAAAGGAACCUGUUGUUUUACCAGCAAUAGAAGCUGAUAGACGUCCGCCCCCUCCUGACAUAUACCAUCAAAUAUCACCUCACUCACCCUUACAGUUAUCAUUGCUACAAGCUAAACAACAAGGUGAAGAUGUGAGUGGGUUUUCAAAAAUAUUGCAUGCUUAUCCUAUAACAUAUGCUCCUCACCCUACUCAAGCCAAUGUUAGAAUUGCUACAUAUACAUCCAUUACAUUUAAGAAUCUUAAAGAAUUGAAAACAGCUGCUGCUCAAUAUGGUGCAACUGCACCAUAUACUAUUGCUAUUUUAGAGACCAUUGCAGCUGAAGUUCUUCCCCCAUGGGACUGGAAAGGCUUAGCUAAAGCUACCUUAACGGGAGGAGAAUAUUUGUUAUGGCUUACAGAUUUUAUGGAUUCCUGUUAUGAUUAUUCUCAAAAACCACACUUUCGCCAACAAGGAAUUACUCAUGAAAUGUUAGCUGGCACAGGACCGCAUGUUGAUCUGGCACAACAAUUAACUUACCCUGCUGCGACAUAUGAUGCCAUUCGAGAAAUUGGUUUGAAAGCCUGGAAAGGGCUACCUAGACAUGGAACGUCUAGGGAAGAAUUAACUAAAGUCCGACAGGGACCAGAUGAACCUUAUCAUGAUUUUGUAUCUCGUUUGUUACAAACUUCAUCUAGGCUCAUACAAGACACCGAUUCAGCUAUGAUUUUAGUUAAGGAAUUAGCUUUUGAAAAUGCUAAUAAUAUCUGUCAAUCCAUAUUAAGACCUUGGAAAAAUAAAUCAACAUUAAAUGACUAUAUCAGAUUAUGUUCUGAUGUUAGCUCUGGAUAUAUUCAAGGCAUAGUCACUGCCGCAGCACAACAGGGCAAACCUGUUGAGCAAGUUUUAGCUGCAAUGCAAUUUAAGAAAAACAGAAGGGUUGCAGGCCCUCCUGGUAGCUGUUUUCAUUGCGGACAAAUGGGGCAUCAAGUACGUCAAUGUCCUAAUAAAAAGAUUCCAAGUAAUAAUGGAAAAAAUCCAGGUUUAUGCCCAAAAUGCAAAAAGGGUAAUCAUUGGGCUAAUGAAUGCCGAUCUAAAUAUGAUAAGAACGGCAAUUCCUUACAGUCAGGAAACUUCUCAAUGGGCUUGCCCCGGGCCCACCCAAACAAACAGGGGAUGUAUCCUGUGCAGGUGCAAACCUCAGAGCACCAGCUAAACAAUCCAUUUCACAACUCCACCGAGCCACCAGUCAUAGUGCCGGACUGGACCUGUGUUCCUCCUCCCACUUCGUAUUAACACCUGAAAUGGGGGC